AUGAUGUCCCAGCAUUUGAACUCGAUGCUAGAGCAUCUGAAAAUGGGCUCGCUGAUGAAUAAGGGCCGCAAUAACAGCAGCAGCACUGGCACUGGCGUCGGCAACGGCAGCGUGACGAACCACAUCGGCAACGGGUUCAAUAACAAUAGUAUCGGAUCGAUUGGCACCGCAAACAACGACAACAACAACAGUGUGAAAUCUCCCGAUAACAACGCAAGGCUUGCCGAUGGCCCGACAAUGCUUGCCGACAGCCGUCCCGGUUCGGUGCGGACAGGCGUGAUUGGUUCGAAAGCCGCUAACGAUCAGAUGGCCAACAGCCAGCAGAGCAAAUCGAGCAUUCCACAAGAGGGAACCGCGCUGUCGGGUGUUAAAUUCGAGCCGGGACGCAAGCGGUACAGCAUCUCUGCACACGGUCAGCAUAAUCAGCUUCACCACCCGAUGACGGCGGUGGUGGGAGUGGGCGGUGGAGCAACAGUGAAUAACAGCAACGGUGAUGCCAUCAGAGGUUAUCGUGAACUAUCGCCUCAAUCGUUGCGAAUACACCGGAAAUCCUCGCAUGACAUUCGUAUCCUGGGAGCGGACGGGGAAAUGCUACAUAGUCACGAUGGGAAACUGCCGGCAGUGGUGAAACCGAUGAAGCUAAAAUGCAUCAGCACCAAGGCCGAAUCGUACGACACGCUGCACGGAAGAGCGGCUGAUGUGCUACACUGUAACCGUGAAGUGUGCAUGGGAAGCAUUAUGGUGCCCAAUGUAAUUGGAAUCGAACCGAGAAAAUCAGACAUCGUUUUACAACAUGCGAAGGAUUUUCUCGACCAGUACUACUCUUCUAUCAGAAGACUGAAAUCACCCGCCCAUGAUGCCCGCUGGCAGCAGGUACAAAAGGAGGUGGAAUCAAAAGGAUCCUACAGCCUCACGGAGACGGAGCUGAUCUACGGAGCGAAGCUGGCCUGGCGCAACUCGUCCCGGUGCAUCGGCCGGAUACAGUGGUCGAAGCUGCAGGUUUUUGACUGCCGCUACGUUACCACCACCAGUGGAAUGUUCGAAGCAAUUUGCAAUCACAUCAAGUACGCCACCAAUAAGGGAAAUCUGAGAUCGGCAAUAACGAUUUUCCCACAACGAACCGACGGCAAGCACGAUUAUCGCAUCUGGAACGCACAGCUCAUCUCGUACGCCGGCUACAAGGGCCAAGAUGGUAAAAUUGUUGGCGACCCAAUCAAUGUCGAGUUUACCGAUUUCUGCAUAAAACUCGGCUGGAAAAGCAAGCGCACGGAGUGGGACAUUUUGCCGCUGGUCGUUUCGGCCAACGGUCACGAUCCGGACUACUUCGACUAUCCACUGGAGUUGAUCCUGGAAGUGCCAUUCAGCCACCCGCAGCUGAAGUGGUUCGCUGAGCUGGAACUGCGCUGGUACGCGGUGCCGGCCGUUUCGGGAAUGCUGUUCGACUGUGGUGGAAUCCAAUUUACUGCAACUGCCUUCAGCGGCUGGUAUAUGUCCACCGAAAUUGGCUGCCGGAACCUGUGCGAUGUCAACCGGAGGAACCUGCUGGAGCCCAUCGCUGUGAAAAUGGGCCUAGACACACGGAAUCCCACCUCGCUGUGGAAGGACAAGGCACUGGUGGAAAUCAAUAUUGCCGUACUACAUUCGUUCCAAAGCCGGAACAUUACCAUCGUGGACCAUCACACGGCCAGCGAGAGCUUCAUGAAGCACUACGAGAACGAGACCAAGCUAAGAAAUGGCUGUCCGGCGGAUUGGGUCUGGAUCGUGCCGCCGAUGUCACCGUCCGUGACUCCGGUGUACCAUCAGGAGAUGGCCCUGUACUAUCUGCGGCCGUCGUUUGAGUAUCAGGAAUCCGCCCUCAAAACGCACGUAUGGAAAAAGGGACGAGAUUCUUCCAAGAACAAAAAGCCACGAAGGAAGUUCAAUUUCAAACAAAUUGCUAGGGCCGUCAAAUUUACAUCUAAAUUAUUCGGGCGCGCGCUAUCACGGCGCAUCAAGGCAACAGUCCUGUAUGCGACGGAAACCGGACGCUCGGAGCAGUAUGCAAAGCAGCUGGUGGAACUGCUCGGACAUGCAUUCAAUGCACAGAUCUACUGCAUGUCGGAUUACGACAUCUCAUCGAUAGAGCAUGAGGCCCUCCUGCUGGUCGUCGCAUCCACCUUCGGCAAUGGGGAUCCGCCGGAAAAUGGCGAGGGAUUUAAAGAGCACACAAUUACGUUGAGAAAGAAAAUGCUCUUCGCUCAGGACCUGUACGCCAUGAAAUUGCAUGAGAGCGGCAACCAUCACGUGCACAACGAGCUAAGCAUCGCGGCAUCGUCGAAAUCGUUCAUCAAAGCGAACUCUAGAAGUGAUAUGAACAAACACGCCCAAAGCCAUCGAAAGAUUGACCGGUUGGACUCGCUGCGUGGUUCCACGACUGACACCCUGUCGGAGGAAACCUUCGGGCCGCUGUCCAAUGUGCGGUUCGCCGUGUUCGCUCUGGGUUCGUCCGCCUAUCCGAACUUUUGCGCUUACGGGAAGUACAUUGAUAACAUCCUGGGCGAGCUGGGCGGCGAACGGCUGAUGAAGAUGGCCACCGGAGAUGAGAUAUGCGGUCAGGAGCAAGCGUUCCGCAAAUGGGCACCGGAAGUAUUUAAGAUUGCCUGUGAAACGUUCUGUCUGGACCCGGAGGAAACGCUGGCCGAUGCGAACUUUGCCCUGCAAGGUGAACUAUCGGAAAAUACGGUCCGCUUCGCACCGGUGUCCGAGUACGAACCGCUCGACCGUGCACUGUCCAAAUUCCACAACAAAAAGGCCACCGAGUGCUCGCUGAAACGGAAGGCUAUCAGCUUGCACGAGGGCCCCCAGGGAAGCGAGCGGUCAACCAUUCUGGUGGAAAUCAUUGCCGAGGGGAUUGCAUACGAACCGGGCGACCACGUGGGCAUUUUCCCCGCUAACCGAGCGGAAAUUGUCGACGGCAUCCUGCGGCGGCUCUCCGGCAUCAGCAAUCCAGAUGAGAUCCUACAGCUGCAGGUUCUCAAGGAAAAGCACACUCAAAACGGUGUUUAUAAGUCCUGGGAACCACAUGAACGGCUACCGGUCUGUUCCCUACGAACGCUGAUGACUCGGUUCUUGGACAUUACAACUCCUCCUUCACGACAGCUGUUGACCUUCCUAGCCUCGUGCUGUGAAGAUAAAGGCGAUGAGGAACGUCUGCUUAUGUUGGCAAAUGAAUCAUCCGUCUACGAAGAUUGGCGAUACUGGAAACUGCCUCACCUAUUGGAGGUUCUCGAGGAAUUUCCAUCAUGUAAACCGCCAGCGACGGUUCUGGUGGCUCAACUGAACGCCCUUCAACCUCGGUUCUAUUCGAUUUCAUCUUCACCGAGAAAGUAUUCCGACGAAAUUCAUCUUACGGUUGCCAUUGUAACCUACAAAGCAGAAGACGGUGAAGGGGCUGAACAUUACGGUGUUUGUUCUAACUAUUUGGCGAACCUGGACGGCGAGGACAAACUGUACCUGUUUGUGAGGAGCGCAUCCGGCUUCCAUAUGUCGAAGGAUCCGGAUAGGCCGGUGAUUUUGAUUGGACCCGGUACGGGCAUUGCACCGUUCCGAUCGUUCUGGCAGGAAUGGAGCACACUCAAGACGGAACUACCGGAUACGAAGAUCCCAAAGGUUUGGCUAUUCUUCGGUUGUCGUACGAAAAAAGUCGAUUUAUACCGUGAUGAGAAGCAGGAAAUGGUACAGAAUGGAGUUUUGGAUCGCGUUUUUCUAGCCUUGUCAAGAGAAGAAAAUGUGAAUAAAACUUACGUCCAGGACCUGGCCCUUAAAGAGUCGGACUCCAUCUUCGAUCUGAUCUGGAACGAGAAAGCUCACAUUUACGUAUGCGGCGAUGUCACGAUGGCCGAGCACGUGUAUCAGACAUUGAGGAAGAUUCUCGCCACAAAGCUAACGAAAACCGAGUCGGAGAUGGAGAAAUACAUGCUGUCACUGCGGGACGAAAACCGCUACCAUGAGGACAUCUUCGGCAUCACACUGCGUACGGCGGAAGUUCACAACAAAUCCCGCGCAACUGCUCGCAUUCGAAUGGCCUCUCAACCGUCGUAA